UGUAAUAUAUACCGCUAACUGGGCGGUGUCUACGGCUUCUACUUGGCGGGUUUACUUAACUUUACUGUCUCUUCUUGCAGGUGAAUCUAUGCAAUUGGUUAACUACGAAAAAGACGAGAUGAAACAAACUCCAAGUAGCCCUGUUUCAACAGUCAUGCAGGAGUCCUUUGGAUGUGCAGUGGAGAACCGUUUUUACCAGCUCCUAGAUGAUGAGUCGGACCCCUUUGAUUUACUUUAUCAGGCUGGAGUAGAUAAAACCAGCAGCAAAAAGGAUGCUACUACGGCUAAAAAGAAUACUAACCAGAAAGCAAACAAAAAGGAAUCUCAAAAAAAUAGGAAGGCUUCCAUUGUCCCAUUCAACCAAGAACCCAUAGUGGCACCACAAACAGGACAAAAACGUGCUCCAAAAUAUGGAGAAAAAAUUGGACAAAAUGAGAACCUUGGAUCUGAAAUAAAAGUGGAAAGAGCAGAGCAAAGAACUGCCUUCAGAGAAUUUCGCCCAAAUAUAAUCCAAAAACCAUUAGAGUACAGCAUUGAAAAGCCUGUUGAGAACUUUGACAAAGACAGACAAAUAAGAAAUGUUGGCUCUAUUAGAGGAGGAAUGAGAGGCAGAGGACGAGGUGGUUUUCAAAGGAAUACAGAUUUUGAUAAUCAGAGAGGAAAGAGAGAAUUUGAAAGACACAGUGGCAGUGACAGAUCUAGAAUAAGAGCAGAAGACAAGCGGGGUGGAAGUGGACCUCACAACUGGGGAUCAAUUAAAGAUGACUUCAGUGAGAUAGAGCAAACUGCUGUGGAAGACCAAAAGGACUCGAAUGAAACUCAAGAACCUACUGAAGAACCUGUUAAGAUGGAAGAGGAAAUUGAUGAAGUUGCACAAGAAAUGACUUUGGAUGAAUGGAAAUCUAUUCAGGAACAGAGCAGGCCAAAGCCAGACUUUAACUUGCGUAAACCAGAUACUGUUGUGCCUUCUAAAGCAGUGGUGAUCCAUAAAGCUAAAUAUAGAGAUAAUUUAAAGGAGGAUGAAGAUUACCAAUAUUGCUUUCGCAAACCUGUUAAUGAUAUCACAUCUCAAUUGGAUAUAAACUUCGGGAGUCUGACUCGCCCAAGUCGUGGAAGAGGAGGAGGGCGUGGACGUGCAAGAAAGGAAGAAACCUUUACACAUGAGAUUGUUAAUAUACUUUCUACUGCACCAAAUCCAGAUGAUCCUGAGGAUUUCCCAGCUUUAAUUUGAUACUGCAACAUUGUAGUUUGAAAUGGCUGUGACACUGAAGCAAGAAAAUCCAACUGUUUCAAUGUGGGGGAAAUUUGUCUACAAUCAAGCAAAACUAAAAUUUAGUUUGUAAUGUGAAAUAUUUGCACUUAUAGUGGCUUAGUGGGAGAUAACAGUUUGCACUAUAGUAGUUGUGGUUCUCAAAUACUAUUUAGAGUUGUAUUAAAAUAAUCCUAAUGUUGAACAUUCUUAAACGGCAGACCUUACUAUAGAAGAGCUUUGUUUGGGAAAAAUUAGAAAAUGGCUGUAUAUUCAUGUUACUACUUGGGGAAGUGUUCCUGUAAUACCUGUAGAUAAAGGCAGCUUUUCCUACUUCUGUGUAAACUUAUAUACCUCACUUUACGCAGUUGCACUGUAGUUUUGACGUGAUUAAAUGUAUGAUGCAA